AUGCCUGCAAAGCAUGAUAUCAACAAAGUCGGCGUGGAGAGUUCAGACUUCCCCAUCCUGUACCUGACAGGUACAGGUUUGGGGGAGAACCCUUAUCUGCGGAUGAGUAAACAAGAGUUUGGCUCAGAAUGCAAGAUUUGUAAUCGCCCUUUCACAGUCUUCCGGUGGAACCCAGGUGCGGGAGCCAGGUAUAAAAAGACGGAAGUUUGUACGACUUGUGCAAAGAUAAAGGGAGUAUGUCAGACAUGUCUAUUAGAUCUUGAAUUCGGUCUCCCAGUUCAAGUCCGUGACGCUGCUCUGGGAAGAAAGAACGGUGCACCCUCGACUGAUAUCAAUAAACAAUAUUACAUCCAAGGUCUGGAAUCACAAAUGGAACGAUCAGGUGAUGGAACGACUUUUGACGCUGAAGUGGCAAACCGAGCGGGAAAAGAGAUGCUCAAGAAUAUUGCCAGGUCGGAUCCUUACUAUAAACGGAAUAGACCGCAUAUUUGUUCUUUCUUUGUCAAAGGGGACUGUAAGAGAGGUGCAGAUUGUCCGUUCAGCAGACAUGAGAUACCAGAGGAGAACGGUUUGCAAAAUCAGAAACUCGCGGAUCGGUACUAUGGUCGAAACGAUCCGGUGGCCAAGAAGAUUUUGACUCAACAUGCUGAAUCCAAAGGUCUCAUGGCACCGGAGGAUAAGUCUGUGACUACCCUGAUCUUCCUCGGUCUACCCAAAUGUACCGACAGCCACGUCCGUUCCGCGCUUAUGUUCACCUGCCCCUUCCUCAAACCCAUCGACAUCAAGACCAUCUCCGUCGUCGAAGCGUCACACUGCGCAUUUAUCGUCUUUGUCACUCGAGCGACCGCUGAACGCGUGGCCGAAGCGCUGUCAGCGCAAGGAGGGAUGGAGGUGCAGGGGAAGAGAGCGAAAGUGGUCUGGGGUCGACCAAGACCGCCGAAACACAAGGGCAAGCAGGUCGAGGGGGAGACGAGUAGCUCGGCAGCUGUAGAGGCGUGA